ACGUCGCCUGACAGACGGCGCUGUUAUUCAAGAUGGCGUCCUCCUUACGAGAGAAACAAAUUUUAGCUCUGAAACGUAUGUUAAAUUUUAACGUCCCUGCCACAAAAGCUACCACCACAGAACCACAAUGGAAAGUACUGGUAUACGACAGAUUUGGACAGGAUAUUAUUUCACCACUUUUGACGGUGAAAGAACUUCGAGACAUGGGUGUAACACUUCAUCUGAAAUUACACUCGGAACGCGACCCUAUACCUGACGUACCGGCUAUUUACUUUGUUAUGCCUACAGACGACAAUAUUCGUCGGAUCGGCCAAGAUUUCCAGAGUCAGUUGUACGAGACAUACUACCUUAACUUUAUCUCGGCCAUAUCUCGCCAAAGACUGGAAGAAAUCGCCAGUGCUGCCAUUCACAGUAACUGUGUAAGUCAAGUUUCCAAAGUGUUUGACCAAUAUCUGAAUUUUAUUUCUCUCGAAGACGACAUGUUCACUCUCCGUCACCAAGACAGAGACAGUAUAUCGUACUAUGCCCUGAACAAAGGCGAUGUGAAGGACACAGAAAUAGAACACAUCAUGGAUACAGUGGUUGACAGCUUGUUUUCAGUGUUUGUUACCUUGGGAACUGUUCCUAUCAUUCGGUGCCCAAGAGGCAAUGCGGCAGAGAUGGUGGCAGAGAAGUUGGACAAAAAGCUCCGAGAGAACAUCCGAGAUGCCAGAAGUAGUUUUUUCACCAGUGACAAUAUUCAAGCCGGACAGUUUUCAUUUCAGCGACCAUUGCUUGUUCUCUUGGAUCGUAAUUUAGAUUUAGCCACCAUGCUUCAUCAUACCUGGACAUAUCAGGCUCUUAGUCAUGAUGUGUUUGAUCUUCAGUUAAAUAGAGUGGAUAUUGAAGAAUCUGUUGAGUCUAGAACACCUGCAGGUGGAGUUGUCAAGAAGAAGAAAACAUAUGACUUGCAGCCAUUUGACAAAUUCUGGCAGGCACAGAAAGGAAGCCCCUUCCCAGCUGUGGCAGAAGCUGUCCAAGUGGAAUUAGAUUCUUACAGGACUCAGGAGGGUGAAGUGAAGAAGCUAAAAGCAGCCAUGGGAAUUGAGGGAGAGGAUGAAUCAGCAAUAAGCAUGUUGUCUGACCAUACAGCAAAACUCACAUCAACUGUGAGCUCUCUGCCAGAGCUACUAGAGAGAAAACGCCUCAUUGACCAGCACACCAACAUCGCUACGGCUCUCCUAGAGCAGAUCAAGGCCAGGAAACUAGAUGUCUAUUUUGAAACUGAAGAAAAGCUGAUGGGGAAAUCUGUCUUGGAUCAAUCAUUGAUGGAUAUGAUAAACGACCACGAGUGUGGGACACCACAAGACAAAGUCAGAUUGUUCAUCAUCGCUUUGCUGUGCGGACCACCCAUGUCCGAUGCCGAGAUUGACCAAUAUUUGAUUGCUUUAACUGGCGCCAACUGUGACACAUCUGCUCUCAGCUACAUCCGCAAGUGGAAGGCUUAUACCAAAAUGACCGCAGCUCCGAGCCAGUAUGCGGGAGGUGGAACCAAAACGGUGGGAAUGUUCUCCAAACUGAUGAACCAGGGCUCCCAAUUCUUGAUGGAGGGAGUGAAAAACUUGGUCAUCAAGAAACAUAAUCUCCCGGCAACUCGAGUGGUGGAUGCUCUAAUGGACAUGAAAUCACUACAGGAUGUGGAUGAUUUCCGUUACUUUGAUCCCAAACUCCUGCGCUCAGACUCUUCGGGUAUUCCCAGGAACAAGUCUCCAUUCCAGGAAGCUUAUGUGUUCAUGGUAGGGGGAGGCAACUACAUUGAAUAUCAGAAUCUUGUGGACUAUGCUAAAAACAAGUCAAAUGCAGGGGCACCACGUAAAGUGGUGUAUGGUUGCAGUGACUUAACCAGUGCUACACAAUUUUUGAAGCAGUUAGAGAGGCUUGGCUCAGAGAAUUAAAAUAUGUUAUUUUAAAUGUGUUGUAAUUUAUUUAUUGUAUUAACAUGUACUUUAAAACAACAUUUUUUUCUUUUAAUUUGGAUUGUGUAUAAAAGAUUUAUUAAAAAAUAAACUUUUACUUGAAAUUGUAUCAAUGCAUCUCUCCUGUCUUGUCAGUGUAACUGUGUAUAAUAUUUUUGUUUUUGUUCUGGUGCCCAACUGUUCUUGUAGAAUUUUAUUGCUUUAUCAAUGAAUUUUCUUAAGGAAGCAUUAAAUCUAUUGCAAAGCACAUAUGCAAGUUGCAUAUUCCUGCAAAGCAAGUUUCAAAUCCUUGUUGAGAAACAUCUUAUUCACAGAAACAAAAAGAUUGCUUGUUUUAAAAAUAAGAUAUAGUACAUGUACUUUACUACUGCAUGCAUCGUACUAGUAUUUGUAUGACAACCUCUAUGUUUGCAGGAUGAUUUUAACUUUAUUGAAGUUUGGAUUAAAUUUAUGAAACCUUUAUGCCUUGAUAUAUAUUAUUUUUUAAAAUAUUUGAUAUAUUUUUUCACAUAACCAAUGAUGGGUUUAAGAAGGGAUACUAAUAUGUUACAAAUGAAUGAUUAAUUAUAUGUUAAGAGAUUCAAAUUUAUUUAAAUCGAGGCACACAAAAUCAUAGGUUGUCACAGCAAUGAGAUUUCAGAAUGUUAUAGAAAAAAAAAUCAAAAUUGGAGAAUAAAAAACAAGUAUGUUAUUUUUACGCACCACCUUUCAUGAUUUCAUUAAUUAUUUGAUAUAAUGACAUAAGAUAAAUUUAGCAUACAGUUGAGUUCUAUACUGUCGUAUGCAUUGUGGACUUGACACAUUUUUAAUGUUUAAAAUUUUAUGUUUUAAAGGUUGAUUCCAUCACGAAAUUUGAUGUGAAGCUGAAA